UAGAGAUUCUUCAUUCAUUGCCCUUAAGUUUUGUGGUCAUUAGGCAUGAGUCUCUUGGUUUAUUUAUGGCUCUAUCCUAGCAGCAAUCCCACAAGUGUGUGGGGUGGGUAACGAUAUGCUUUCGUCAGCUGACCAACUUGUCUGUGACAAGGGUCUAGUGCCCUUACAUCACUCAAGUAUGCCUGUCUAGUCUGGUUGCUAGGCUCAGGCACUAUGACCAACCACUUUCAUCAAGGCAAACACUCCACUAACCAAAAAUAAGGGGGAAAAGCCAUGUCUGUCCGUAGGCUCAGAUAAAUACAGGCAGACAUCUGCCAUGAAAGGUGUAUUUCAGGCUGUUCCCUUACCUAUCAGUAUGUUGCUAUGAUCUUGAUUGACUUGGAUGUAUGUGGUUUAUUUAAGGGAGGGCCCAUUAUAAAAGCCAAUAUUGACUCCCGACAAUGGCCUCCCCAAAAGUGAAUGGAUGAAAAUGAGUAAUUCUCCGAGUCGCAAAUGCACAAGAGGACCGCGUGCGCAGUGUAUUAUCACGACUCUCAGAGUGGUGCUUGUGUGUGGUGCUGCGUCAUUGUCACUGAUAAUGAUUGGCCGGGCUGUGUCGCACCUGCGAGAUCUUCGAGACCAAUGCUCUGGUGCUGAGCAGCCUCCUCCAUGUCAGCGACGAGCAGUUCCAGGCACUGAGCGUCUCCUGAGAGCUGUGGCUCCUGCUGAUGGAAUUAAGACACAGACAGAUACACAGACAGACAGACAGACAGGCAGACACAGAUACACACACAGACACUGACACACACAGACAGACACUGACACAGACAUUGACACACAGACAGACAGGCAGAGAGACCAGAACAAAGAGACCCUUUUUAGAGCUAUAUCAGACUCCCAUAGAUACAGAGACAGAUAGACACAGACACACAGACAGAAAGGCCAGUAGAUAGACUUUUUGCAGUAAUUUCUGGAUGGUAAGAACUGUAGUUAUAUAGUUUUGCCUUAUUUAUUGUCUGGAUUGUACAUCCGCAAACAGACACAGACACUGCACUCCCACCCCAAGUUUUUACUUGGAUUCAGAUACUGACCCUCGUUUGAACCCCUCUGGUUACAACAUUUUUAUUUCCUUCUUUAUAGCUUGGUUGUGCAAUAUAAUCAGUCUCAUAGCCCCACUCUAUAAUUUAUCCAUAAUAAUAUUUCUAUAUAAUAUAUUCACAUAAUACAGUUAGAUAGACAGGCCUCUCACAUUUCCCCACUGCCUGAAACUAGUUGUAUUGCUCUCUUUAUAGUCUGCAUUGUAGAGUGUAGCACAAAUGGCUACACACAUUUACCCACGUUAGGGUUAUACUUCAUGCACUCAGUCUCUGCAGUACAACUUUUUCAAUGGUAAAAGGUUGCCAUGCACCAUGUGAAUGCCAUAUGUAUUGACAAACUGCUGAAUGGCUAGUCAGUGGCGGAUGUGUUUGCAUUCAAGGCUUCCCUGACACCCCCAGCAUGCAAUGCAACCCUCACUCCGCUCUUCAGGUGCUCUUCAGCCGGCCAACUUAUCGGUCUUCUCGUAGGGGAAGAAGGCGGAGGGCAUUGUUGCAGUGGACCAGACGGCCAACAGCCAGAGCCUGCAGGACUACAGGUUCCCCCGAGAAGAGUUAGUCAGUCACGUCAUGUCAUGAGACACUCGGGAUGGCAGCAGUGGCAGCCCCAGAUUAUCCCAGGUAACAUACUUGUGAUAUUGAUAGUUGCUGCCACGAAGACGUUCCACUCUGUGACAUCAAUUCUCAUAAUUAAUUUGGCCAUCAGUGACUUCCUGGUGGGCAUCGGUGUGAUGCCUUUUGUUGCUGUCUCCAUCAUGAACAAUGGCUGGGUGGAUUGCAAUGACCUGUGUCUGUAUGUGGGCUACACCUCAUCUGUGUACUGCACGGCCUCUGUUCUGACCCUGGCUGCCAUCGCUCUGGACCGUUACUACUCCAUAGUGGACUGCCUGCGCUACAGCUCACGCUGCACAGUCUGGAGGACCGGGGCAGCAGUCCUCUGGAUCUGGGUCCAGGCAGCCAUCACCAGCUGUCCCCCUCUGCUGGGGUGGGGCAUGGUGGACUAUGUGGCCCCCAUGUUCAGCUGUGCGGUGAAGUGGUCUAGCAGCACCACCUACACCGUCUUCAUGGCCACCGCCUCGUUCCUGCUGCCCGCCACGGUCAUCCUCUUCUGCUACGUGAAGAUUGUGCGCGUGGCCCGCAAUCACGCCCGGAGGAUCCAUAGCCUGGAGGACCAGCUCAACCGCAACAGGAGGUGCCCUGUUGCGCCCCCGCCCAGCACCAGUGCCACCGAGGGCCAGGACUCCCACGCUCCCACCAGCCUGGUGUACUACCUAAGUGGGGGGUUCUUGACCGAGAGCUCAAUGGAUGGAGGUGGGUCUGUGUCUUCUCUCCCUGAUUCCCAAGCCACGCACUCCUGCAGUGAGUCCCGCACCCAGCCCUCAAGCGCCAGCAACAGCACCAGCUCUGGCUCCAGACGACUACACACCUUCAUCGCCCAGCUCCAAAGCAGCGGCACUCAGCCCCACAACCCCACCCACCCUUCCCAGAGCCAAUCGCACGGCGUUGUGCGCCUCUUCAUGGUCAUAGCCGCCUUCUUUCUGUGCUGGAUGCCUUACAUGGGCGUGGCCAUGGUGCAGGCCACCGAGAAGGUCCUAUCGCGGCCCUCCAGCCUGGUCCCGCAGUCCGCCAUCACCUUCUCCUAUUGGCUGGUGCUGCUCAACUCCGACAUCAACCCGUUGCUCUACGCCCUGCUCAGCAAGCGCUUCCAGGGGGCGCUAAAGAGCCUGCAGCAGAAGAUCCAGGCCAGGCUGGGGGGGCUGGUGGGGAGAGAUCAGGAGAGAGCAGAGGGGGAAGCCAGAAGGGACGGCAGUCCCUGUUUCGAGGCUGCACCCAGCCACCAUCUGCCACAAGGGGGCGACUGUGCCACCCCGGAGGGGACCACCACGUACACUUCUGUCUUCACCCUCAGCUCUUCUCAAGACAGUUGCAGGGAGUGCGCCGGUGAUGCACCAGUCUGUGAGGAUGAAGGCCCCAGGAGGUUGAGCUGUUUGCGGGUCCCCUCCCAGCAACAUGUGGGCGACAGACUCCCCUGUUCAGCUGCCACUCAGGAGAGACAGGCCACCUUCUUCUAUGGCCAGAUCACAGUAAGGGUGGAGCACGACAUUUGCUGACAACAAACACAUCUCUUUUUUCCACAUACAUCUGUCCUUGAUUCCUCUAUCCACACAGCAUUCCUUCCUCGUGUCCUUCACAUUUUAAUUAGAGGACAUCAGCUUGGAGUUAGGACAUCCGAAAGGAAGGAAGGAAGGGAGGGAGACAAUGUGAUCAGGGAAAACCCCAUCACAUGGUGAAAUUUCACCAACGUAUGAUUCUGAUACCAUCCUAGCAACAUCCAGGAUUUUGCAAGGAUGGUUUCCAGGAUGUUGCUAAGAUGGAAUCAGAAUCUUGAGUUGGUGAAAUUUCACCAGAGGGUUGAAACAGAGCAGAAAUUUCCCAGAACCCUUUACAAUUAAGAGAAUUGAGAAGAACUCAAUCAGAUAGUCCAUGUUACAAGUUCAGUAUGUGGAGUCAUGCACUCCCAAGCUAAUAAGUAUUCAAAGGUCAGGUUUUUGCAGAGAACUUAUUUUCUGUCACAAUGAGCUUAAUCACAAUGCAAGUAAGCGGAUUACAAUUUCACUUCCUCCUAAUUUCCUUUGUACUAUCCAAGCGUACCGCACAGAAUGUUGAAGUGGGGUUGCCAAGGGUUCACACCCUCACAAGCAGGCAAUUUCAGACUUGCAGUGUCACGCUGCUUUCCUUUCCAGCCAUGCAAAGAUAUCUCAAGCUUAACUAAAGAUCUCAAUAUUUCAGCCACUCAGUCAGCGGCAUAAAUAAAAAUGAUACAUUAAGUAAA